CUCUCGGUGCCUUCCGCGCAAACUCAACGCAGAUCUGCAUUUCCCUCCGGCCGACCUCGCCGGGCCGAAAAGAUUCCCGAUGCGCUGAGAUGGCGGACACACAGGAUGUGGAGAAGGUGCCGCCCACGCCAGAGCCUAGCUCUCCCAGUUCUCCUUGUUCCCCGAGUGCGGAGAAGCUGGCGCUGCAGGAUUCCUCCUCGGCCUGGCGGGGGCAACGCCUUUACCGGGCGGAGUUUGCUGCACUGCGCUGCUUGCAGAGGCUGGUGCCACAAUGGCUCAUGCUGCCUGUCGCCUUGUUCAUCCACCACCUCGCCUCCGAGGUAAUGAUCCUUCCGCUGGUGGGUGUGCUCGCCUGGACCAUCUCGCUGCCGGGCACCGCCUCCACGGUCACCUGCGCCUGCUUCUGCGUCUCUCUGAACUUUGCGCUCAAGUGGAUCUGGCAGCGCCCGCGGCCGGUGUGGCUGGACAACGGCAAGGCCUCGGAGGUGUGGAACAUUGGAGCUGUUUGGGAAGGGGACUAUGCUUUCCCCAGCGGCCACACGCACUGCUUGUCAGGAGUGCUGCUGUGCGCCUUCUUCACCUUCGAGAUGUCUGUGCGCUGGCUGCCCAUGAUGCUUCUGCUUGGGGCCGUGACGGGUUUAUCCCGGAACUACCUGGGGAUGCAUUGGUGCAGCGACACGCUGAUAGGGUGGGUCAUUGGCACCUUGAGUGGCCUCGCCUGGGGCCUGCUGGACCCAUAUGGAGCCUUGCUGCGCCGCCAAGAUGUGGGGCUGUCCGUGGCAGUGGGUGCGGCCUCUGCGCUGGGCCUCACAAUUCUGUCGGCCUUGGGCCGCGCACUGUCCACACCAGUGCACGCGGAGCAGCGAGCCGAGUGGCUGGAGACGGCGGUGCAGGGCCUUGAGGCGUCCAAGCUCAAGCGCACCCGCAUCGUGCCCGACGAGGCGGAGGAUGGCCCCAGCGCCCGCCGCACCUGCGGGUGCAGGUGUCUGCAGUCGCGGCAGCGUCGGCUGCGCUCGCGGCACCUGGCCUACGCCGCAGGACCUGCACUUUGCGGGGGCAUGUGCCUGGCAUUGACCGGCGCCUACGGGCAGCUGCCCCCGCAGGUGCUGGAGGCCUGCUUGCAGAGCCACCCGCCCUUCGGGACGCUGCUGCUGCGCAUGGCUGUGGGGCUCACAGGGCUCUUACUGCUGUUCUUGCUGGUCGGACCACCGAUGCACAUGGUCCGGGACGCCAAGCUGGAGGACCGCAGUGGGAAAGCGGCCGCUAAGGCGGCGCUCCUGCUGCUGUCCCUGACCCUUGCGCCGCUUUGGGUCUUCGGGACAUCGCAGCUGCUUCUCGAGGAGCUCGACCUGGGCUGCCAGCCAGCUUGAGAGCCGACCACUCGUGAUGUUCAAGGGACAUCUGGGCAAUUUACAACGACCUGGGGUA